CGCGCAAUCGCCUUCGUAAACCAUGGGCUGGAAAGAUAUCCUUCGUCCGAUAAGAGACGGCUUACGAGACAAUCUGCCAUCAAAGCCGCCGCGCCGUGAUCCGGAGAAGGAUAUUCGUUGCGGACAGGAUGCUCUCAAAGGCUUCACCUACUUUGAUAGCUUCCAAGACGUUGAUAACUGGCGACCUGAUCAAGCAUACUCUUUUCAGCGGGCAAACACCCCUUUGCUUCUCAGGUCUUGCCCAAACACAGUCGACGGUCGAGCCAGAGUUACUCUAAUACACGACUUUUCUGGCAAUUACCAUGACUAUGAAGACGUACAUUGGCCCGGGGUAGAUCGACCAUCAUACAGUUGUGACUAUCUGCAAGCAAUAGACACCUUUAUCUACUUUUCCCACAAGGUUUGCAAUCAAGACUAUCAAUCAGUGUUAUCUGGCUCAGACACUCCAAGCUUGUGUGUGUACCGCCUCCCUCUUGGACAAAUACGUUGCAUCGUAAUGGGGUCAAGUCACUCGGUACAUUGCUUGUAGAACCGCAAUCAGCAGGAAUGUCAAGGAUACUGCAGCAGUCUCCCUCAAACUCAGGAUAUACCCUGGCAAGCCAGUUGUCCCGCAUUGCCGACUUCUAUGGUUUUGACGGCUGGUUGAUU